GUCGCCCGACAGGAACCCAGGAGUUCACAGCCACGGGGAGGCGGGGAGGGAACGGGAGGAUGAGCUGUUUUCCGUGUUUCGGCGGGAAGAGGAGGAAUGCGAACGCCGAGGCGGGGCGCUUCGAGGCGGCCCCGCCGCCGGCGUCGAACAUGACGCCGCCCCCCCAGGUGUACGCGCCGGCGGCGUCAGCCCCGGCGCCCUCGCCCCUCGCGGUGGCCGCGCACACGGCCGCCAACGACGCGAAACGGCCCGGUGGCGCUAGCCACGCCCCCCAGCCUUCCACCGAGGACGCGUCGUUGCGGCUCGCCAUCACGGCGCAGGCGUUCGCGUUCCGCGAGCUCGCGGCGGCCACCGACCACUUCACGCCGUACAACCUCGUCGGAGAAGGCGGCUUCUUCAGGGUCUACAAGGGCCGGCUAGAGAGGAGCGGCCAGACAGUGGCCAUCAAGCAGCUGGACAAGCACGGCUUCCAGGGCAACAAGGAGUUCCUGACCGGGGUAGCCAAGCUCAGCCAACUCCACCACGAGAACCUCGUCGACAUUAUCGGCUACUGCGCCGACGGCGACCAGCGGCUGCUGGUUUACGAGUCCGUGCCCGCCGGCACGUUGGAAGACCACCUGCUCGAUUUGCCGGCGGACAAGAAGCCGAUGGAGUGGCGCACAAGGAUGAAGGUGGCGUACGGCGCGGCGCAGGGGCUGGAGUACCUGCACGAGAAGGCGAGCCCGCCGGUGGUGUACGGGGACUUCAAGGCCUCCUACAUCCUGUUCGACGAGAGCUUCACGCCCAAGCUCUCCGACUUCGGGCUCGCGCAGCUCGGGCAGGCUGGCGGCAACGCGCCGGUGUCGUCGCCCAUGAUGGGCUCCUUCGGGUGCUGCGCGCCGGAGUACGAUCGCGGCGGGCAGGUCACCAUGAAGUCCGACGUGUACAGCUUCGGGGUGGUGCUGCUGCAGCUCAUCUCCGGGCGGAGGGCCGUCGACACCAGCAAGCCCGUGGAGGAGCAGAAUGUGGUCGCCUGGGCCAUGCCAAUGUUCAAAGACCAGAAGAGAUAUCAUGAGCUGGUUGAUCCACUCAUAAAAAAGGAGUACCCAGCCAAGGCAUUGAACCAGGUGGUCGCCAUGGCUGCGAUGUGCUUGCAGGAAGAAGACUCCGUGCGACCACUGAUGGCCGAUGUUGUCAUGACGCUGGGCUUCCUUACAGCCAUGCCACCGGAUCCACCCAGUGCUGCUCCAUCUGCUGCCCCGGCACCGCCGAAACAAGAUGACAAAUCAGAUCAUUCCGACUCGUCAUUGUCUUCUUCCUCGGAUGAUGAAGGUAACCAAGAGGAGGAAGAGGAGGAGGAAACUGAGGAGCAACAAUAAGGACAGGUGUACAAUUGCCAGGGCGGAAACAAAGUUGAUGUUCUUGGGGCUUCAGCGCGGAAGGCCACGAAGAUGAAAUGAAUGGCUCUCUGUAUGGAAUGAUUUUGGGGUUGAUGAGGGAUUGUGGCAAUGUAAACCGGUGUGGUCCUAAGUGAGUAA